UAAAAAACAAUGGAUAAAGAUUCUGAUAGCACGGUCACAUCGUUGGACGAGAAUACCGAGAAUUUUUGCAGUAAUCAGACCCGAGACAUCCUUGCCGAAGGCAUUCUUAACCUAUUUAAGCCGGUUGUUGAGAAGUUGGAUGAACGCAUUCAGGCGACAAGGCAGGCCCAACAAGAACUGAAAACACAAUUGGAUAGUUUGUCAGCCCAAUUGAGGGACAUUGAAAAGGCUCAACACAACAUUCCGGAGUUCUCCGACAAAGUUAAGGAACUGAUAAACGUUAAGCAUAAGGUCACAGUUAUUGCCAAUAUCCUGAUUAGCAGUCAAGAGCGUUUGGCUGGCCUGCACAAGUUAAUCGAAAAGGAGCAGAGAAGAAGACAGGCGCUGCUAGACUCAGCCAUAAGUACAAAUAUAUCUUAG